CGAAGAGGAGUAUUGUGGUGGUGGAGAAUUACUGUCUCCAAAAGUCCAACUGGUCGUUUAUUCAGUUUGACUCGAUACCUAUAAAUUCUGUUAGUACUAAUAAUAGUGACCGAUGCUGGAAAGUGUGACCAUUUUUCUCUCAACCACGUGGAUCUCUAAAUCAUGCAUGCAUGACAAGUGUCUACCCAACGUGUAGGCAAAGAGCUUUCUUUUGCAGAAAAGAGAAUACAAAUUCUUUUUAUCUCUCAAAGUAAACAGAAAAACACAAAACUGAACGAAACCCAGAAAAGAAUUAUUCAAAUCCAGACCAAAUGAGCAACUUCACAACAUUCACCCACUUCUACGAAAACUGGUUGGAGCAAUUGCACAAGCUGGUGAACCAGUUGUCCUCAGCUCCAAGACCACCCUCUAGCCCAGACCAACACCACCACCUGGUCCAGCUGGUUCACCAGGUGAUGUGUCACUAUGCUGAGUACUACAAGUUGAAGGCACAGGCAACCGAGCGCGACGCAGUGUCGGUGUUGACGGCCCCAUGGGCGAGCUCGCUUGAGCGAUCGCUGCACUGGAUAGCUGGGUGGAGACCCACCACGGCGUUUCACUUGGUGUACACUGAGUCAUCCAUUCGGUUUGAGUCCCACAUCGUUGAUAUCCUCCGCGGCUUACGCACUGGUGAUCUCGGUGACCUCUCCCCCUCUCAGUUCCGCCGUGUCAGCGAGUUACAGUGUGAAACCGUAAAGGAAGAGAAUGCUAUAACGGAGGAGCUAUCAGAGUGGCAGGAUGGUGCUAGUGAGGUCAUUGGCGAGUGUGGUGAUGAGUUCGAGAAGAAGAUCGGACGGUUGAUAAGUGUUAUUAAAAGGGCUGAUGAUCUACGGCUGAAAACGGUCCAGAAGGUGGUUGAGUUGCUUACCCCACAGCAGGCUGUUGAGUUCUUGAUUGGAGCCGCUGAGUUACAGUUUGGGAUCCGUGGCUGGGGGAUCAAUCAUGACCGGCAGCGUACCAAUUUUUGAAAUUCCUUUUUUCAAAUAAGAAUUUUGCUAAUGUGUGCUC